AUGCCACCAAAGAGAAAGGCCGCGGCCAAACUUUCUAACUUAGCAGAAUCCGACAACGAAGACGCGACGCAGGCCCAGGAACCACGCGACGAUGAGCGCCCUACGAAGAAGCCGAGAGGACGCCCUCGUUCGAAGUCAGCAGAGCUCAAGCCACCAAUCCAAUCGAAGAAUGACACCACAGCUGCGCCCUUGCAGGCGCCGGAGGCCGCACCGAAGAGGAGCACAAGAAGGGGGAGACCAAGGGGUAGCAGGGGCUCACUGCAAUCUGUUACCCAAGAGAUAGAAGAGCAGAAGGAACCCGAGGAAGCGGAGGAAGACGCUGGUCCUCACAUACCGGAGAGCGCGCCUGCAUCUAACGAUGAGCUAGUCGCAUCGCAACCUGCUACUAGGUCAGCUAGAUCUGCGAAACCCGCGAAGCCUACAACCUCCCGCGGACGACGCAAGGCAACUGCUGAGAAGCAGGUCAAGACUGACGGCGAAUUUCAAUAUACCCCGAGGAAUACGCGACAGCAUACAUCACCGGUAAAAGGCGAUGAAAAGGCUGAACAAUCCACGAAACGGCGGAAAGCUGAUCCACAGUCGGAACCGGAAGAGGAGGUGUCAGAAGGUGAAAAGGCUGCGCCAGAUGUUGUCGAGGAAACCUUUAUCCAAGAGGAGCCAGUAGAACCGCGCCGUGUCUCCAUGUCGCCAACUAAACGUAGACAAUCUACUCAACGUCCUCUGCAGAGUUCGCCACUGAAACCUAACGCGGAGCCGGAGUUAAGGCGCAAGAUCGGAGAACUCACAAAAAAGUACGAUACUUUGGAGAGUCGCUACCGAACCCUCAAAGAGAUAGGCGUGGUAGAAGCAAAUGCCAAUAUGGAAAGAUUACGGAAACAAUGCGAAGCAAUGACGAAUGCUUCAAACAACUUGGUUGCUGGUCUAAAGGCAGAAUUGGAGGCACAAAAAGCUCUUGGUCAGCAGAGCCGGAUACUGCAGAACCAGAUGAAGGAGCGAGAUGCAGAAAUUGCUCAAUUGAAAUCGCAAGCCGAAGAUACCACCAGUCAACUUUCUUCCGCUCAAACUGAGGUGAAAGCUUUGCAGACCAAACUUGCAGCUGCUCGGAAUACAGCAGCGAGUCUGGAAAGCGCUGCCGCCAAGGUCCCUGGAAGCGCCAUCAAGGGCAGUAACAACCGUGCUAAUGCCGUAGCAAACGCUGAAGCCGCGCAAGCAGCUCAGUUUGCACAGCUUAAGGAGGACCUUUACACCGACCUUACGGGUUUAAUUAUUCGUGAUGUGAAGAAGGGAGACUCCGACAAUCUGUAUGAUUGUAUCCAGACAGGCAUUAACGGAACACUGCACUUCAAACUGGCCGUACCGCACGUUUCGUCGGCCAAUUUUGAGAAUGCAGAGUUUCAGUAUAUCCCACUUUUGGAUGACAAUCGAGAUCGCGAUUUGAUCGACAUCCUUCCCGAGUAUUUAACGGUGGAUAUCACUUUCGUCCGUCAGCAAGCGUCGAAAUUUUACACCAGAGUCAUUGACGCUCUCACAAAACGGCGGACAAGCACUGGGAAUUGA